AUGAUGAAUCGGCAACAAGCUGCAGAGAAAGCCUUGCAUGAUCAGACCAAUAUCUUGCCGCUUGGUCAACUCCUGAUUGUUUUUGCUGGCCUGGCAGUGUCCCUACUGAUCACUUUCGUCGACCAGAACGGCAUCAGCGUUACUCUCCCCACAAUUGCCAAAGAUCUUCAUGCUGAAAACACUAUCUCCUGGGCGGGGACAUCGUCCCUCAUCGCAAAUACUAUGUUCACGGUGCUGUAUGGCCGUCUUUCCGAUAUUUUUGGCCGAAAGAUAGUCUACCUUCUUGCGUUGGCCCUGCUCUGUAUUGCCGAUUUGCUCUGUGGCCUGUCACAGAAUGCCCCUAUGUUCUAUGUCUUUCGAGGACUGGCAGGUGUUGCAGGAGGUGGUGUUACCUCUUUGACCAUGAUCAUUGUAUCUGAUAUCGUGACCCUUGAGCAACGAGGCAAAUAUCAGGGAAUCUUGGGUGCCUCGCUUGGAAUUGGCAACGUAAUUGGUCCCUUCCUCGCAGCUGCAUUUAUCAUGAAGGCAACCUGGAGGGCGUUUUUCUGGCUCCUCGCUCCAUUAUCAUGGGAUUCUGCAAUGGUGAUAAGCAUGCUGGUCAUCGGUGGUUGCUCUUUGAUUGUUUUCAUUUUCAUAGAGUGGAAGGUGGCCACGCUUCCUAUGCUUCCCAUGGUUAUGUUCAGGAAUAAAGUGAUAUGUACUUUGUUCCUGCAGAGUUUCCUUCUCGGGGCCGUCUACCAGUCGAACCUCUAUUAUCUGCCUUUGUACUACCAAAAUGCUAGAGGAUGGUCUCCAAUCCUCUCUGCAGCACUAACGGCGCCCCUGGUAGCUUGCCAGUCACUGGCAUCCAUCUGCUCCGGACAGUACAUCUCUCGCCGCAAACGGUAUGGGGAGGUUAUCUGGACAGGAUUCGGUCUUUGGACCCUUGGUGCCGGCUUGAUGCUUCUCUUUAAUCGCCAUACCAGCAUCGGAGCAAUAGUCGUGAUCGUCCUCGUACAGGGCAUAGGUAUAGGCUUCACCUUCCAGCCUACACUAGUGGCCUUCCAAGCCCACUGCACCAAAGCUCACCGGGCAGUUAUAAUAUCGAACCGCAACUUCUUCCGCUGCCUGGGCGGUGCUUGCGGACUGGCUGUGUCGGCCGCGAUAUUGCAGGCGGUUCUCAAGUCCAAUCUGCCAGAGGGAUAUCAGAAUAUUGCUCACUCGUCAUACUCACUACCAUCCAGAUCAGGCGUUGCGGACGCAGAUUGGGAGCAAAUCAUCACUGCCUAUGCGAAGGCCUCGAGGGGAGUUUUUAUUUUGCAAGUCCCGCUGAUCGGCAUUUGUUUUCUUCUAUGUGUCUUUAUCAAAGAUAGAGGACUAGAAAGGCCCAAGGACCCCGGGGAGGAAGAGGAGGAAAAGAAGAAACAGAAUGAUGACGAUGGCCGUGGAGUCCAGGAGCUCACUGCGCAGGAAAAAAGUGCGCCCUCGGAUCUUGAGAAUCAGUCCGCAUCUGCUAAUAAUGCGAAUCAUUUCCAAGUCAUGGAUUUAAGUGAAUUAACGGUACCUUCUAGAGACUCGACUCCGUCCCAGGAAUACAACCCUCGGAAGCGCGCCAGGACAGCAUGUACGCGCUGCAAAACGAGGAAGCAGAAAUGUGACAACGAGUACCCAAUUUGCUCCAAUUGCCAAAAGGCCGGGGCUACAUGUGACAAGGCCACCGUGCGGCAGGAAAGCGGCCAACAAAAUGCCUACACUCGUGCUCUAGAAGAGCGUAUCGAGUAUCUCGAGUCACAACUUAAGUCGGGACGGACGGGCAGUAAUGCCAGUGGUGGUGUCUCAAAUUCAGUUGCUGCGUUCUUGUCACCCAAUAGCCAAGAAACGGUGCAGCGUAGUUCUCCAACUGGCAUCGAUCAUAACGCUAUCGGGGACCUGGUGGGAUUUCUUGCACUGAAUUCCCUAGAGGCUCCUGCGUAUGUGGGGUCGAGCUCAGGAGUCUCUCUGGCAGCCAACCUGGGUGAAAUGGUUCAGACAACGGUCUGGAACCAAGUCCUAGCGCCACAGCGAGGUUUCGAAAACGCACAAGCUACUGGGAAUGGUCUAGCUACGAGUAAUGCAAAUUUGGGUCUUUCCUAUCAACCAGUUAGUACGAGACAUGCCGGUGAUCGCUCUCGAGCGCCGAGGAUGGAGGAGCUACUGGCGAAGGGCGCUGAGCCACCGAAUGACGAAAUGGGAUCGCGAAUCAUGAAUGCUUAUCUGACACGACUCCAUACACGGUAUCCAUUCCUAGAUAGGAGAGAGCUAUGGCGACUGCACGAGGCCCGUUGGCAGUUAGCGAAGAAAAAACGCGAGGAUCUUUCUAAAGUUGAGAAAUUUGGAAUAUUUCAACUAUACAUAGUCUACGCGAUCGGAGCGACCUUUCUCCAAUUAAGUGAGCGGUACUCAUACAUCCCUCCUGAGCGAUUCUAUAUGACCGCCCUUCAGCAGGCUUCAGCUAUGUGCGAGGCACGGUCCAUUGAAAACAUCAAAGCCAUGACGCUUUUAGUUGUGUACCACCUUCGCUCGGCGUCUAGCCAGGGAGUGUGGUACAUGAUAGGGCUAGCUAUGCGUACUGCUAUUGACCUGGGGCUCCACAGGAAGGCGAAUGAGGUCAACCUUGACCCAUUUACAACCCAACUGCGGCGAAGGCUAUUCUGGACAGUUUACUACUUAGAGAGGGUUGUCUCCAUGUCCCUCGGUCGGCCGUUCAGCAUUGCAGACAGGAACAUCGACCUCCCCUUGCCCUUAGACGUGGACGAUGACGUACGGGACUCGGCUAUUCUAGCAGCACCUCCCCCGACAGAUAAACCAACAACGAUGACAUUUGCCUUAUAUCUAAUCAAGAUACGCCAGAUUGACUCCAAAGUUCAACAUAAGAUAUACCGGGCAGACCGUCCACUCCACACCCUCCGGUCAAAGAUGGACCGUCUGUUCCUCGAAUUAGAGGAGUGGAAACAAUCGGCACUGCUGCGAUUUAGUGGACCAGAUCUCGACUACCCGAUGUUACAUUAUAACCGGGCGCUACGACUUCUGAUCCAGCCUUUUCUGCCAUCGCUUCCUCUCACAGACCCGUAUUAUCAUAUCUGUCUCCGUGCGGCUGGCGAUAUCUGCCAGACUCAUAAAAGAUUACACCAGACGCUCGAAUACGGUCACUCUUUUCUAGCAGUGCAGACCGUAUUCAUGGCAGGUAUCACAGUGCUGUACGCCCUAUGGACGCACACUAGUGAGGUAUGGUCCGUACAAAUGAGCAACGAUAUCCGCGCCUGUUCCACGGUAUUAUUCGUCAUGGGCGAACGAGCAGCAUGGGUCAAGAAAUACCGGGACGCGUUCGAGCUCCUCGUCAACGCGGCCAUGGAGAAGCUCGAGGGAAGCGACGCAGCCAAGAAAGUUGGAAUGGCCGAACUGAUGACAGCUCAACAUGGCAGUGCCAAUCCCCGCCACACUGCUAGCAUGUCCAAGGAGUAUCCAACAACCGGUCCGGGCAUGCCCGAUGUCAGCUCAGUGCAGAUGGAUCCGACAGCGCAAGAUCAUGGAGUGCGCAUGGCAUUCCAACUUGCACCCUGGAUUGACCUGGAGGAGGAUUGCCCGUUCUGGAUGCCUGAUUUUGAGACUUUAGAGAGCUUAUCGGGGAAUCUCUGGGGUGGUGAGGAUUCUGUAUUGUUUGAUCCUCUGUGA